AUGAGGCUAAAACGAUUCCACAUCCGAUAUUAUCCACCAGGAAUAAUUUUGGACUAUGAGAAGGCAGGACUUUUAAAGACUAAAUCCAUAGAUCUACUAGAUUUGACCCCUGAGACGGACGUAGAUGCACUGAUAACGGAGAUCACAGAAACCGAGCCACUGAUCACAGCAUCUCGCGUUGACCAGGUCAAGGUGCUGAUCAAAAGACUGCAGGAGAAACUUGGUCAAAAGGAUGACCACACGUUCUUCCUAUUCAAGGCACUCCAGGCCCACAUCCUUCCUCUGACGAACGUUGCCUUCAAUAAAUCAGGGUCUAGUUUUAUAACUGGGAGCUAUGACAGGACUUGUAAAAUAUGGGACACGGCAUCAGGAGAAGAACUACACACACUGGAGGGCCACAGGAAUGUGGUGUAUGCGAUAGCAUUCAACAACCCUUACGGGGACAAGGUUGCCACUGGCUCCUUUGAUAAGACCUGCAAAUUAUGGAGUGCUGAGACAGGGAAGUGCUUCUACACUUUUAGAGGGCACACAGCAGAAAUUGUAUGUUUGGCCUUUAACCCUCAGAGUACACUGGUUGCCACAGGCAGCAUGGACACCACAGCUAAAUUAUGGGAUGUUCAGACUGGGAAGGAGGUUUCCACCUUAACAGGUCACACUGCAGAAAUUAUCUCUUUGUCCUUUAACACAGUGGGUGAUCAGCUGGUGACAGGCUCUUUUGACCACACAGUUACACUGUGGGACAUUUCCUCUGGCAGGCGUGUGCACACUCUGAUGGGCCAUGAAGCAGAAAUCAGCAGUGUGCAGUUUAACUGGGACUGUUCUCUCAUCGCUACAGGAUCUAUGGACAAGACCUGUAAGGUAUGGGAUGCUGCAAGUGGCCAGUGUUUGGCUACUCUAGAAGGUCAUAAAGAUGAGGUGCUGGAUGUUUGCUUUAAUUACACAGGACAGCUGAUCGCUACUGCCUCAGCUGAUGGCACAUCGCGUGUGUACAACGCAACCACAUAUGAGUGUAUUUGUAAGCUGGAGGGGCAUGAAGAUGAGAUCUCUAAGGUGUGUUUUAACCCGCGGGGCAGUCGGGUGUUGACGGCCAGUGCUGAUAAGACUGCGCGUCUGUGGGAACUGAACUCAGGCCUGUGUCUACAGGUGCUUGAGGGUCACUCUGAUGAGAUUUUUUCCUGUGCUUUCAAUUAUGAAGGAGACAUCAUCAUUACAGGCAGUAAGGAUAACACGUGUCGAGUAUGGCGCUGA